AUGUCUGGCAAAGCAGACUUGGAAAUCAAGUAUCCCCAUAAGACUAGGCAGCAUAUUGGUACGGACCAGAUAAGUACACGGAGCACUGGCCGCCGCAGACAAUUUGCAGAUCAUCUCGGAUUCUGCCGGGUGCUGAGCGACAUCCUGUUGCUUGAGGAUAGUAACUCAUCCUCUUUCUUGAUACGGAACAUCCACGUCAACGCCUUUGCGACUUCCGCGACAUCCAAAGGACUACAGCAGUCCCAACAGCGCGAUGCCCGACCUAAAACUCACCGCCAAUAUACUAGCACGAUAGGCUGUACGUUACUCGAAGUUUGGCUCGAAAACGAUCCGAACUUUGAGACAGCUGACGGAGAAGCUGUCGACCACGACGAUGGCGAAGUUCACGCGUGGCUGCACUAUCCACGUAACGGAGAGGAGUACGGAACGCGAGAUCUAACUGCCCGCUUCCUCAUCAGCGAGGAAACACACAUUGACUCAUGCACUACGGACCCGGCUGCGCAACAAUCCCUCCUGAGUGCCAUUUGUCAGUUGCGACCUGAGGCCGAUACCACGUGCUUUGCGCUUGGGCCUAUUGCCCUCAAGCUUAUCUGGUCUGAGCCAUUCAAUUGUGGGUGCUCGCUUUUGGAUCAGUCUGCUGGGACAAUCCUAUACUGCGCUUGUCCGGAUCGCGACGACGACGUCAUAAUAGAGCUCAAGUCCACCGCGAUUCUUUUCGGAGCCUACGUCAGACACUGGCAUAUCCUCGGUAUCUUUGACACGAUCUUUGUCCAUGCUCCUCCCGUACUUCGUUAUUGGCGUGGCUGGAGCUGCCACUCUGUACAUCCUCUGGCAGAUGACGACCCUCGAUCUGAUCCCACCAACCAAGCCGACUGUGCCAAGACAUCCGCGGCGAGUUUACAGCAGGCGAACGGAGACCUUGGCUUCAUACUAUCCAUGGGUAUCGCCGCCGGACUCUAUUUGCCUAAUCUACUCCAGUACUAA